AUGCCAGUAAGAAGAGAAGGCAGCGAUGGCUCUAGGUGUGUUUCUGGGGCUUGUUCUCUCAUGUCUGCUUCUCCUUUCACUGUGGAGGCAGAGCUCUCAGAGAAGAAAGCUUCCUCCUGGACCCACUCCUCUCCCAGUCAUUGGAAAUAUUCUUCAGAUAGAUCUUAAGAACAUUAGCAAGUCACUGAGGGAUUUUUCAAAAGUCUAUGGUCCCAUGUUCACUCUGUACUUGGGCAGGAAGCCUGCUGUGGUGUUGCAUGGAUAUGAAGUUGUGAAAGAAGCCUUGAUUGAUCAUGGGGAAGAGUUCGCUGGAAGAGGAACCUUUCCAGUGUUUGAUAAGAUUGCUAAAGGCCGUGGCAUUGUUUUCAGUGAUGGAAGGAUCUGGAAAGAGAUGAGGCGCUUCUCACUCAUGACUCUACGGAACUUUGGAAUGGGAAAGAGGAGCAUUGAGGACCGUGUUCAAGAGGAAGCUCGCUGUCUUGUGGAGGAAUUGAGGAAAACCAAUGGCUCACCCUGUGAUCCCACCUUCAUCCUGGGCUGUGCUCCAUGCAAUGUCAUCUGCUCCAUUGUUUUCCAGAAUCGUUUUGAUUAUAAAGAUCAGGAAUUUCUUACCUUCAUGAACAUUUUAAAUGAAAAUGUAGAGAUUCUGAGUUCCCCUUGGAUACAGAUUUGUAAUAAUUUUCCUGCUUUGAUUGAUUAUCUACCAGGAAGUCACAGAAAAUUACUUAAAAAUUUCACCUUUUCAAAACAUUAUUUUUUGGCAAAAUUAAUAGAACACCAAAAGUCACUGGAUAUUAACAAUCCUCGGGACUUUAUUGAUUGCUUCCUGAUCAAAAUGGAGCAGGAGAAGCACAACCCAAAGACGGCGUUUACUUCUGCAAACUUGGUCUUCUCAGCAGGUGACCUGUUUGCUGCUGGGACAGAAACAACAAGCACAACACUGAGGUACUCUCUGCUGCUCCUGCUCAAGUACCCAGAAGUCACAGCCAAAGUCCAGGAAGAGAUUGACCAUGUGAUUGGUAGACACAGAAGUCCCUGCAUGCAGGACAGAAGUCACAUGCCCUACACUGAUGCUGUGUUGCAUGAGAUUCAGAGAUAUAUUGACCUCCUUCCCACCAGCCUGCCCCAUGCAGUGACCUGUGAUAUUAAAUUCAGAAACUAUCUCAUUCCCAAGGGUACCACUGUCAUAGCAUCACUGACAUCUAUGUUACAUGAUAACAAAGAAUUCCCCAACCCAGAGAAAUUUGAUCCCAGUCACUUUUUGGAUGAGAAUGGAAAGUUUAAGAAAAGUGACUACUUUUUUCCUUUCUCAACAGGAAAACGGGUUUGUGUGGGAGAAGGCUUGGCCCGAAUAGAGUUGUUUUUAUUCCUGACCACCAUUUUGCAGAACUUUAAUCUGAAAUCUCCAAUUGACCCAAAAGACCUUGAUACCACUGCAGUUGCCAAUGGAUUUGUUUCUGUGCCACCCAAGUUCCAGAUCUGCUUCAUUCCAGUCUGAAUGAAAAUGAUUUUGUGUGGGAGAAAGCCUGCUGGCUCAAUUGGAGUUAUUUUUAUUUAUGACCACAAUUUUAUAGAAUUUUAAUCUGAAAUCUAUAGUUGACCAAAAGGAACUUGAUACCGCUCCUCCAUGUAAGAUAUUAGUGCCUAGAAGUAUAUAUAUAUUCAUAUAUAUAUAUAUAUAUAUAUGUGAAUAUAGUUACAAUUUAUGCCUAGUACAUACCAUAUAUACAUAGGCAUUUAUACGGAAUUGAGCUCAUGUAGCAUGCAUCUUGCCAUUUGCUAUAUUUGUACAAAAUUCUGUUCUAGGAAAAGCCUCAGGAUAACAGAGUGAUGGGAAAUGACCUAAACUGAGAACAAAAGUUUAAAAAAACCUGCAAAUUCAACCCAAGCUGUGUACCUUUUACAUUUUUUAUUGGAAAAUAAAAAUGUCAUAGGACAAGUAUGGGCAAAGGCAUGUGCUGUCCUUGAAAUAAAGUCAGAGUCAGAGACACCUGAGUGUGAUAUUAAAAUUUAUCUUCUCUUACCUCAA